AUGCAGAAUGUUGUAUCCGCCACCACCGAGCUCUGGCCUACCAUGUCUGCUAUUUUGAAGUCUCCGUGGCAAGGCUUUGGGAAGCAAACGUCUGUUGGCGCUGGUCAGCGUCGGUAUGUGCAGAGCUCGGCCACAGCGCCAGUUCCACAGACAGCAUAUCCUCUCCCCGAAUGCCUCGAAUCCGUCUCUCUGUCCUCGCUCCGUCAAAUACUGUCUCCGCAUGCUAUGCCGUCAACACCCACCGCUGCUGGCUUGAUAUCUGCGGUAUCGCAGAACGGUCUCCGCCUCUGCACUCCGCUCACGCGCAGUAUGCCCCUCAACUCAUUCAUGGCUAGACAAUAUUCUACCGUCUCGCGCAACGGCACAAACGGCACGCCUCCGAGUUUUCGCCUGAUACCGCGGCUCGGAAAUGUAGGAUUGACUUUGGCACAGCAGCGCUCGCUCUUUGGUGGACCUACCCAUAGCCAACUCGCUCGAUACGAACAAACCGCUAACAACAACCCCUCGAGCGCAUCGGCGCAGGCGACUUUUUACCAGGCAUUGCUUAGGGCAAACAUGCCCAGGAUCAUUGUCGAACGCUACAAGACCGGCCAAUACGCUACCAACGUAGCCGUUGAACAGGCUUAUCAGAAAGCCUUGGAAAAGGUCGGACAAUCGGGCGAAGAAGGCUCCAUGUCGUCGGAACAGUUGCAAGCUGUCGGACAGGCUGUUGCUGCUCACGUCGGCAAAGGCCAAGUGGGCAAGACCAAAUCUGGAUCGGGCGACAGAAAAGACCCGCUUUACGUCGUCGUCGAAGAGUCACUCGCGAGCAUUGUCUUUAAAUGGGUCCGAUGGAUUGCUGGCUUCGCUCUCUGCGCUUAUGUCGCUCUUGUCCUCAUUACCUUGUUCGUGGAAACGAGCGGCGUAUUGAAGAAGGUCGGCGGUACCAACAACGCUGAGGUUCGCCCGGAAAGCCAGAGCACACGCUUCAGCGAUGUUCAGGGCUGUGACGAGGCUAAGGAAGAGCUCACCGAUAUUGUCGACUUCUUGAAGAACCCCGAACGUUACAACAAGCUUGGCGGCCGACUUCCCAAAGGUGUUCUACUCAUUGGUCCCCCUGGUACCGGAAAGACUCUACUUGCACGUGCGGUCGCCGGUGAAGCCGGCGUACCCUUCUUCUACAUGUCUGGAUCUGAAUUUGACGAGGUAUACGUUGGUGUUGGUGCUAAGCGCGUCCGUGAGCUGUUCACUGCGGCUCGGUCCAAGGCACCGGCCAUAGUCUUCAUUGAUGAGUUGGAUGCCGUUGGUGGAAAGCGCAACACCCGCGACGCUGGCUACCAUCGCCAGACUCUGAAUCAACUUCUGAACGACCUCGACGGUUUUGAUCAAUCUACCGGUGUCAUCUUUAUUGCUGCUACUAACCAUCCCGAACUUCUCGACAAGGCCUUGCUUCGCCCUGGUCGUUUUGACAGACAUGUCCAGGUGGAGCUGCCGGACGUUCAAGGACGACUGGCAAUCUUAAAGCACCACACCAAGAAGAUUCGCCUUUCUCCCGAUGCCGAUUUGUUCAAGAUUGCGCGCGGUACCCCUGGCUUUUCUGGAGCCGAACUCGAGAAUCUGGCGAACACUGCGGCGAUCGAGGCCUCGAAGCAACAGGCGAAGUUCGUGUCGCUGUUGAACCUCGAAUGGGCCAAGGACAAGAUUAUGAUGGGUUCUGAGCGCAAGUCAAGAAUGGUGCCACUGGUUGACAAGCUCCAAACCGCUUACCAUGAGGGUGGACACACUCUUGUGGGUCUCUACGAACAAGGUUUCCAAGAGCUUCAUAAGGCUACCAUUCUUCCCAGAGGACAAGCUGCCGGUAUUACCUUUUUCCUUCCACAGGACCACAAGCACCACCGCUCAAAGAUCGAGUAUGAACGCCACCUGGCCAUGUGCAUGGGUGGCACCAUCGCGGAAGAGCUCGUCUACGGUCCUACGGAGAUUGGUGACGGUGCAUCAAGCGAUAUCUCGAAUGCGACAAGCAUAGCCCAUUCGAUGGUCACGCGCUACGGUUUCUCGCCAAAGUUGGGCAGCAUUGAUUACGGGUCCAACUACGAACAAGUUUCACCCGAAACCAAGCGCGUUAUCGACAACGAGGUGCGGAGACUGGUCGAAGAAGCCAAAGAGAGAGCGAGGAAGCUGUUGACCGAGAAGCGCGUCGAGCUGGACCGGUUGGCAACAGCUCUCGUGCAGUACGAGACCUUGGACAAGGAGGAGAUCGUUAAGGUCGUCAAGGGAGAGAAGCUGCCAGACCGGCUGAUGGCAAUGCCGGAUACUCCAAUCAAGCUUCCUGAGCUGAUACUUCCGCCUGCUGUCCAACCGCCGGUGCGUGGUAACGACGGGGACGGAGGUGUGCCUGCAUAA